ACACAGCGAGAUUGGACGAAUCUAACUGGAUUACGCUGCCCGUGUCGCGAUUAAAAUGAAAAAGAAGUGACAUUCGACCCCGCGGCCGUCUUUAGGAAAUGAGCAUGGGUUCAUGACAUUCGCGCGGUCACGAGACGAGCUGACAACACUGCCUGACAUGUGAGACAUCAGGACGAAUACAACAACAGUGCGCUUGUGCGGCUGUCUCCGCCACCUUCUGUUUAUACUCGCUCUGUCGAUGCACAUUCUGCAUUUGCUGGAGGCAAUAUGAAGAAGUUUAAUAUCAGGAAGGUGUUGGACGGCUUGACUGCGGCGUCCUCUUCCUCCUCCGCUGCUGCCGCGUCCCUUCAGUCGGGAAACCGGGAGAAUGACUUGAUUCAGGAGACCCUGCAGUCAGAGCAUUUCCAGCUCUGCAAGACAGUGCGACAUGGCUUUCCCUAUCAACCCUCCUCCAUGGCUUUUGACCCUGUGCAGAAAAUCUUGGCUAUUGGCACACAGAGUGGAGCCCUGAGACUAUUCGGUCGAGCAGGAGUGGAGUGUUUCUGCCAGCAUGAGAGCGGAUCGGCUGUCAUCCAGCUGGAGUUUCUUGUCAAUGAAGGGGCGCUGGUUAGCGCUUUGGCAGAUGACAGUAUUCAUUUGUGGAAUCUGAGGCAAAAACUUCCAGCCAUCCUUCAUUCUCUUAAAUUUAAUCGGGAGAGGAUCACGUUUUGCCAUUUGCCGUUUCAGAGUAAAUGGCUGUACGUUGGCACGGAAAGAGGGAACAUUCACAUUGUCAAUGUGGAGUCCUUCACCCUCUCAGGCUAUGUGAUCAUGUGGAACAAAGCCAUUGAACUUUCCUCAAAGACUCACCCUGGACCUGUAGUUCAUAUCAGCGAUAACCCUAUGGACGAAGGGAAACUUUUAAUUGGUUUUGAGUGUGGCAUAGUUGUGCUGUGGGACUUGAAAUCGAAGAAAGCUGACUAUCGGUACAGCUAUGAUGAGGCGAUCCACUCUGUGGCUUGGCAUCACGAGGGCAAACAGUUUGUGUGCAGUCACUCGGAUGGCACGCUUACCACAUGGAAUAUACGCGCUCCUGCCAAGCCUGCCCAGAUCAUUACGCCACAUGGUAAACAGCCUAAGGAUGGAAAGAAGCCGGAGCCAUGCAAACCCAUCCUGAAAGUGGAGUACAAAACUACCAGGGCAGGGGACCCAUUCAUGAUACUGUGUGGAGGUUUGUCAUAUGAUACAGUGGGUAGGCGACCCUGUCUGACUGUGAUGCAUGGGAAAAGCACUGCAGUGCUGGAGAUGGACUACCCCAUAGUGGAUUUCCUUACGCUGUGUGAAACCCCAUAUCCAAACGAUUUCCAGGAGCCUUAUGCGGUUGUUGUCCUGCUGGAGAAGGAUUUGGUUCUCAUUGACCUUGCACAAAUUGGGUAUCCGAUCUUUGAGAAUCCUUAUCCUCUGUCCAUCCACGAGUCUCCGGUGACCUGCUGCGAAUAUUUUGCGGACUGUCCAGCGGAAGUCAUUCCUGCACUUUACUCAGAGGGCUCCCGACAGAAGAGACAAGGGUUCAGUAAGAAGGAAUGGCCCAUAAGUGGAGGUAACUGGGGCCAGGGAACACUAAGUUUCUCAGAGAUGAUCAUCACUGGGCAUGCUGAUGGAUCGAUCAAGUUUUGGGAUGCCUCAGCAUUAAUGCUGCAGGUUUUGUAUAAGCUGAAAACAGCGAAGGUGUUUGAGAAGCCCCGCAGUAAAGAGGAGAAAUCCAGCACUGAAAUUGUGGAUGAAGAUCCGUUCGCCAUCCAGAUUCUGUCCUGGUGUCCAGAGAGCCGUGUGCUCUGUGUGGCUGGAGUCUCAGCUCAUGUCAUAGUGUACAGGUUCAGCAAACAGGAAGUCACCACUGAAGUUGUUCAGCUCCUGGAGGUGCGUAUGCAGUGUGAGCUGAAUGAAGUGGAGUCUCCCGAGUGCGGAGGUGAGCAGGCGUCGGCUGUGUCCACCCCAGGAACCUCAUCCAGCCCUCAGACCAGCCUGCCUCAGUCCCACCCUUCCAGCAGCAGCAACAACUCAUCUGACGGCCUGCGAGAUAACGUGCCCUGUCUCAAGGUCAGGAGUUCUCCUCUCAAACAGUCUCCGGGUUACCAGGUGGAGCUGCUCAUUCAGCUGGUGUGGGUCAGCGGGGAGCCACCACAACAGAUCACCAGCCUUACCGUCAACUCUGCAUAUGGCCUAGUUGCUUUUGGCAGUGGUAACGGACUUGCAGUGGUUGAUUACCUUCAGAAAACUCUCCUUGUGAACGUGAGCAACGCUGAGCUGUAUGGCUCAACAGAUCCUCACCACAGACAACCACACUCACCCCGCAAAACCAGACAGCCCUCGGCAGACACUCUGCAUAAGAAGUCUUGCAUGUCCGGCCUCUCUAACUUUUAUUCUGAAUCUGUGAAAAAGCUUCGUUCUUCUUACCUCAGUCUUUGUGAUGGUAAUGAUGCAUCAGCCACACCAGAGGAGAGAUGCAAAUCACCAACUUCAGGCUCCGGUUCACCGUGCAAUUCUGAUGAAGACAGCAAACAAACGUUCAUUGACAAGGUGAAGUCCAAAAGCAGGAGGAUAUCCAAGACUGUUGCCAAUGACUUUGCUAAGAUAUCCCGGAAAAUUAACAUGAUUGCUGAUCAUAAAGAUGACGCCAGGGAUAACUCGUUCAGCCGCUCACGCAGCUCCAGUGUGGCCAGCAUUGACAGAGAGUCACGUGAGGUCAUUUCCUCCUUCUAUUUUUGUGACUGGCUGUCCAAGAAGAGUGAGACUGUGGCAGUGCCCAGCUUGUGGGUGGGCACCUCAUUGGGUAGCAUGCUGGCCAUCGCCCUAACUGUGCCCUCCACACCAGAGCAGAGGAUGCAACAGCCUGUGGGCGUCUCUUUCUGUGGUCCUGUUGUGCGCUUGAAGGGAGGCAUUUUGCGUAUGGCCCAGCUGGAUGCCAGCGGGAUCCUUCUGCCCCACGUUUACGAGUCCUGGUAUGAGCCCAACGCCCCUGAGGAGGAGAGAGAACAGCCUCGGAGACACCGGCUCACCUCGCCUCCUUCUCAGGAGAACCCGGACUGUCAGUACGCUGUGGUCUGCUCAGAGAAACAGGCUAAGGUGGUGGCACUGCCCUCCCAAAACUGUGUCUAUGAACACAACAUCACAGAGACCUCCUUCGUACUUAGAGCUGACGUGGUGACAAUGACCACAGGGGUCGCCAUCGCCUGUUUCUGUGCCAAUGGCCACAUUAUGACCCUCAGUUUGCCCAGCCUGCGGCCACUGCUGGAUGUAAACUACCUUCCCCUGACGGACAUGAGGAUAGCCAGAACCUUCUGUUUCUCAAACCAAGGCCAAGCCCUGUACCUCACAUCGCCCACUGAGAUCCAAAGAAUCACCUAUAGCCAGGAAACCUAUGAUAACCUGCAGGAGAUGCUUGGAGAGCUGUUUACUCCAGUGGAGACACCAGAGGCUCCAAACCGAGGCUUCUUCAAGGGCUUAUUUGGAGGCGGGGCUCAGUCCUUAGACAGAGAGGACCUGUUCGGAGAGGUGGCUGCUGGUAAGGCCUCACGCAGCCUGGCGCAGCACAUACCGGGUCCAGGUGGUAUGGAGGGCAUGAAGGGGGCUGCGUCCGGUGUGGUGGGAGAACUGGCACGGGCGAGGAUAGCUCUGGACGAGAGAGGACAGAAACUAGGCGAGCUGGAGGAGAGGACAGCAGCCAUGAUGGCCAGCGCAGACUCCUUCUCUAAACACGCGCAUGAUAUAAUGCUGAAAUGCAAGGACAAGAAAUGGUACCAGCUCUGAGGUCAGCACACCUUCCUAUCAAGACCGCAGAUCCAUCAUCUCUCCUCCGUCUCUUCCUUCUCUUCCUGUAUCUUCCUGUAUCUUUCUCUUUCUGUGAUGUCCAGAGACUGCCACUCUCGCUCAGCACAACGUCACGUGGCAUUACCUCGAGCUGCGGAGGGACAGAGGAGACAGGAGGGGAAGGAACAGGACAGGAGAAACGCAUCAGGGUGGGAUUUCCUUCCCUUCUCAGAGGCAGUUGAGUUCCCUCUCCUGAAAACAAAGCUGUGGAUCUUGUCCUGCGAGAGGAGGCCCUUCACCGGUGCUGCCCCCUGUCUUAUACCUUCAUCUGCCAUGCUGUCAUUUUCACUGCCAUUCUGUCUGCAAAGAAACUACAGAAAGGACAUUUUGGGAAAUGAAUGAAAUGGGUCAGAAGGACAUAGAGCUGACAAAAGAAGGUCUAACAUCUGCAGCAUUGCCAAGCUUAAUGCUUCUGAUAAUCUGUCACUAGAGCAAGAAUAGGUUGCAUGUCUAGUGAUAUAAUUUAGGAAAUUAGUUAUUUUUCUUGUUUUUGGAAUUGGGAUGAAUCUCAUCUUAGUAAUGUUUCACCCCAAAAUCAAUAUUUUGCAUAAAGAAAACCUAUUUUUAGGAGGCAGGUGUGUUCUUUAAGCGAAAUAUUACAUUGAUUUUGAUUUUAGGUUGAAGCAUAACUAGAUUUCAUGAGAUUCACCUAGUAAUCAUGUUAGCUGUGGAAAAGGCCAGAUUGUCUUACAUAAAGUUCAAUGAAGUACCAUUUAAUUUCACCUCUAAAGGGCUGGAAGUUGCUGUAUUUACCACAUAUCAUGUGAUUAUUUUGCCAUUUGAAAUUGGAGACAGGCCUGGGCAGCGAAGCUGAUCUGAUCAUGCAUCAUUUUGUUGUUUCGUCUAAAGGACGUAUUGGUUUACACUGAUCAGGUCUCAAAAGAGCUUUUACGGAAGAGCUCUGACUUUGAUGUACUCUAUACGCUGUGUUGACACUGGAGAAAGAUGUUCAUUUUAAAUAUAUAUAAAUAUAUAUAUAUUUGUGUUGGUGAAUCUCAAGAAAAAAAAAAUGUCUGGCUCAUAUUUAACACCAAUAUCAAAAUCAUUUAUUUAAAUUUCAAAAGUACAAA